CUUUAUUACUGCAUGCUCUUGUGAUUCUGUAAACUGCUUUACUACUCCUAUACGGCUAUACUUUAGUCCCCGUUCUCUCUCCCUUUGUCCAAUUGGAGAGAUAUUUCCCGUGAACCUAAAAUGAGAAAAGUUAUUAGCACAUAAUUAAUUAAGUAUUAACUAUUAUAAGGUUGAAAAAUAGAUUUACUUGAUUUUUUAAACAAUUUCUAUGUAAAAACUUUUUGUCAAAAAGUAUCAUUUAACAGUUUAAAAAAUAUGCUAACGGAAAACGUGAAAACUGAAGUUUGGAGUUGAGAAAAAAGAACUAGGCCCAGUCUUUUCUUCAACUUACUCGUUUUUAUUAGCACGUUUUCCAAACGGUUAAAUAUUGUGUAUUUUGCAAAAGGUUUCCAUAUAGAAGUUAUUUUAAAAAUUAAAUAAAUUUAUUUUCUAAGUUUUAAUAAUUAAUACUUAAUUAAAUAUAUACUAAUGAGUGCACAGAAAAUCUCUCUCCAAACGGAUAGAACCAACAGUCUUAUUACUGCUACUAGCAUAACCCUAUGUAGUCAAAAAGGAUAUUUCUCUAGUCAAUUUGACGCGUACGGCCCCAUCUAAUAUGGGCCACACGUGCGCCGCGAACAUGUUCCAGCCCAACUUGUACGUAUCGUCACAAUCCUAUUCAUCCUAUUUAUUGUGGACCAUACGUUAGUCAUUGAGUUCUCAAUAAAAAAAGAAACGUUAGUUAUUGUCUUUGAUCUAACACAACUAUCAUGGGCCCAAAUGGAUUAUCCUAAAAAUCUACUCGGGUGGAAGAAAGAGGUUGUGGGCUUGUGGCCACACAGGCCGCGACGUUGACAACAGCAGCAUAGUGUGGCGGAGGAGAGAACCGGGACUUCCGGGUACUUGCACACGAGUACUUCCGGGUGUUUGCACACCAUGCACGAAGAGAUAAAAAGAGAGGUGAAGAGCCGAAGGAGAAUGAUGGGAGUAGAGGAGAGGAGGAAAACGCUAUAAGUUAUGGUACCCGGCAACCCGAUCAAAUAAGGGUCGUUUAACCACGGGAACAUGAGCGACCUGUUCGGGGAUGGCAUCUUCGCCGUCGACGGCGACAAGUGGAAGCAGCAGAGGAAGAUCGCCAGCUACGACUUCACCACCAGGGCCCUCCGCGACUUCAGCGGCGACGUCUUCAAGAGGAACGCCGCCAAGCUCGCCGGCGUCGUCUCCAGCCACGCCGCGUCAAACCAAUCCAUGGACUUCCAGGGUUUCUUGAUGAGAGCAACGAUGGACUCCAUCUUCACCAUCGCGUUCGGCCAAGACCUCAACACGCUGGACGGCUCCGGCGAGGGGCGCCGCUUCGCCGCGGCGUUCGACGACGCCAGCGAGUUCACCAUGCUCCGCUACCUCAACCCGUUCUGGAAGCUGUCGAGGCUCCUCAACGUCGGCGCCGAGGCGAUGCUCAAGGAGAGGAUCAAGGUCGUCGACGGGUUCGUGUACAAGCUCAUCCGUGACAGGUCCGACGAGCUCUCCAACACCAAGGCACACGACACUGAUUCGAGGCAGGAUAUCCUGACAAGAUUCAUCCAGGCAACGACUAGCGAUUCUGGGACGGUUGAUUACAAGUACCUGAGAGACAUCAUAUUGAACAUUGUCAUAGCCGGCAAGGACACCACAGCCGGGUCGCUUGCUUGGUUCCUGUACAUGAUGUGCAAACACCCGGAAGUACAGGAGAAGAUCUGCCACGAAGCCAUGGAGGCCACCAACGCCGGCGAGGCCGCUUCCAUCGACGAGUUCUCGCAGAGCCUGACCGACGAGGCACUGAACAAGAUGCACUAUCUGCACGCUGCACUGACGGAGACGCUCAGGCUAUACCCUGCAGUUCCACUGGAUAACAAGCAGUGCUUCUCAGACGAUGUAUUGCCCAACGGAUUCAACGUCAGCAAGGGGGACAUCGUGUUCUACAUCCCCUACGCGAUGGGCCGGAUGGAGAGCUUGUGGGGCAAAGACGCUGAAUCCUUCCGGCCUGAACGUUGGCUCGAUGAGAACGGCGUCUUUCAGCAGGAGAGCCCGUUCAAAUUUACAGCUUUCCAGGCCGGCCCAAGAAUCUGCCUCGGGAAGGAUUUCGCGUACAGGCAGAUGAAGAUCUUCGCGGCCGUGCUGCUCCGUUUCUUCGUGCUCAAGCUGCGGGACGAGAAGGAGAUCAUCAGCUACCGGACCAUGAUUACACUCUCCGUCGAUCAGGGUCUCCAUCUGACGGCUAUGGCGAGAUGAGGGCACACACUACAGUCUGGGCACGCACAGCAGCUGGCUCCUGUACUCAUGCAAGUGAUAGCUCCUUGUGCAUACCAAAACGAACGAGAUCUGCAAACCUUAAUUAUGUCUGAUCGUGAAUAACCCGCAUUGCACCCUAGAAUAAUAAGUGCAUCUGAACUGCAGUCAGGGUCAGAGUAACUUAUUGGAGUGAACUGGUGUUGUAGGGAACUUCAAUUGUACAACUUGGAGGGCGCAAUACAAAUGAAUGGAUUAAAUAGUAGAAAGUUGAUUUUAAAAGGGC